UUUUUGAAUUCUCAAUACAAUGCAGAAAAUAUCUAAAAUGGACGAAGAUAAAGGGAUUGUUUAUUGCAAUCGUGUACUUCUCGGCAAUUGGUAUGAAACCACUAAAUUGGAGGAGUACAAAUUAAAUAGUUUUUUGGAGCAAAUGAAAAAAGGAGAUUUGAUGCUGGCACGAUUUCGCAAAAUGACAGAGAACUUAAAUAAACCAACAGUACUUACUCAAAGCUCUGGUACUAUUAGCUUUGGCGCUAAGAUAUCAUUAUUGGCGCCACACGUACCAGCAUCAGAUCCGCCAGUUAAAGAUAAAAAAGGUCUACUACUCGGUGGUCGUAUAUCGUCUAAUGAUAUAAAUUAUUCUCAAGAAUUAGAGGACGGCUGUUCUUUGGUAGGAUUGGCCGAUUUGCAGCCGGCAGAAAGGAGUACUUUCAUUAUUACUAGCUCGGAUUACUGUAAGCGUGAGAAUGAACUACUUAAAUAUAAUCAAGAAUUUCUUCUAACCCUUUCUUCUAGUGUCAAAAAGAAGCCACUGUACAUAAGGUACGAUCCAAACCCGAUCCCCGGUCUUUGCGGAAUGUACCCUUUAUACCUGAGCAAGCACGCAGUAUCGAAUACACGCUGGCGUGUGUUGCCGACUCAAAGUCCUAAUAUUACCCGUUUCGAACAGGAAGGGAAUCCUAUUAAUGUUAACACAGAUGUCGUGAUAAAUCAUUGUGCGACGAAUGUUAAUUUAGGAAUAAACGUUGGCUGUUGGGCGAUGGGAUUUUACGGAAAAAUUUGUGCUCCCAUUAUGAAGACUUGUUUAGAUGUUUACGGACGAGAACUGCCGAAUAAUAUUUGGCAAAUUUAUACUCCGAUAGCUAAAUAG